AUGCCUGAUGUGACUCGAAAGUGUCUGUGGCCAGCGUGCCUUGUGGGUCUGUUCUUCACUGGCAUCUUCUCUCUGGACUGUACCCUGCUGAAUGUUUACCAGAGGAAAGUCAUCUGGCAAAACCUGAGACUCCUGAGCAGGAUGAGCAACUCAUUUCCUACAGAAUGUCUAAGCGAAAGCAAAGCUUUUGAGUUGCCCCUAGAGAUCCUAUCUGAUGCCCAGCCUCUGAAGAGGGAUAUCAAGGAAGCCUUCUAUGAAAUGGCCAUCCAGGCCUUCAACAUCUUCACUCAAGACACCUUCCAAUCCACUUGGGAAGAGAAACACCUGAGACAAGUUCAGAUCGGACUCGAUGAGCAGCUACAGUACCUGGAACAAUGCUUGGAAGAAGAGGAGGAGGAAAAUGAAGACAUGAAAGAGAUGGAAGAGGAGGAGAGGAAACACUCCAGAGAUACGGUCUCCCAGCUGAGUAACCUCGAACUGAGGAGAUAUUUCAACAGGAUAGACAAGUUCCUGAAAGAUAAGAAAUACAGUCACUGUGCCUGGGAGAUCGUCCGAGCGGAACUCAAAAGAUGUUUCUACUUCUUUUAUAAAUUCACAGCACUACUCAGCAGGAAAUAAGGUAUAUUCUUAGAAUUAAAAUUCCAUUUCUCUCCAAAAAUCUCCUUUUCCUUCUCCUCCUCCUUCAUCUUCUUUUAAAGGAUUGUUUGCUUUCCUAGAAGCCUCCCCUCGGUUGCAUUGGUGGUAGUUUAUGUAAUGCUCACUGUUUCUAAAGUUUGACCUUACAACAUCAUCCCCAUUCACCUGUCUUAAGAAAGCUGAUGCCAACCAUCCCCUGGGUGACCAAGCAUCUUGUUAGGAAAUCCUGAAGACACUAUAAAAGGACUGAGACUCCCUCUCCAUCUUCUACUCUCUGUUCCUCUUUCCUUUAGCUAUUUUGUACUCGCUUUGCUCCGUCACCUUUGAAAGCCACCAAGCCCAUGGCUAAAGGAUAUGGAUCAGAGAAUAUUGCAAAAUGUAAUACCUUAAAGACUUAACCCUCUUGGUGCCAAGGUUAUUAAUUCUAGGAAAGUUCACAUUAAAAGGGCUUAUACAAGCUCCCAUAGAGUUAAAAUCCUUCCUGUCUCCCUACCCUCUGAAAAAGCAGCAAAAAAAAAAAAAAAAAAAGGAAAGAAAGAAAAGAAAUUUCUGGUCCAUAUGCUUCUCAAUUUGUU